AUGGAUAAGAUAUUCAGAGAGCAGAUAGGUCGUAAUGUGGAGGUUUAUGUGGACGACAUACUCAUCAAGUCCACCCUAGCAGUUAAUCUGAUUACUGAUGUUAAAGAAACCUACAGCGCAUUGCGACAAUAUGGAUUGAAGCUAAAUCCGUUGAAGUGCCUAUUUGGGGCUCGGGGAGGAAAGUUUUUGGGAUAUCUCGUUACUGAACAAGGAAUUCAGGCUAAUCCUGAAAAACAUUGCGACGAAGCUAUACAGUUUCAGCAUUCAUUUGUUCUUGUUUCUUAUACUGCUGGAAAAGGUCUUAGUAGUUGUAUGCAUGCCUGCUCUCACUGCUCAAUAUCAGAACUAAUUCCCAAAAUUCCAGAAUUUGCAGAAAUGGAAUUUUCAGCAUCAUUGUUAGCCAUCAAUCCUGCCCUUACAUUUAGCAUUCAUCUUCAGCAAUCCAAUUUCAGCAGGGGUUCUCCAGAAUUCCAGAUUCCAUUAUCCCAGCAGAAUUCAGUUACAAUUCCAGCAUUUUAA